AUGCCAUCGGGGCAUGUCACUGCCUGGGAACGCAAGUCGCCCCAGCAGUAUGCACAUUGCUUCGUCUCGGAGGACUCGGUUCUGGCUUGCAGUCACGAGCACAGCAGAAAGACCGAGAUGGUAGCCGAGCUGGCGGAUGCCAGCAAUGUCGAAACGGUAGUCCAAGAUGGCAUUUGCGUUGGACAAACCAAGUAG